AUCUGCAUCUCAAUAUUGACUGUAAACGUGAUCCAGAUGAGACCAUCCUGCGCCUUUGGAGAUAAUAUGUCAUUAUUCGAAGUAAAAUCGCCACCAGCAGGCAUUAAAAUGUGGCUCGUGACUCACAAGGUCGUAUAGUACUCGAUGUUGGGUCGAGCGCGGCGUCAAAUGCAUGAUGAUCUUCUUCGUCGCUACUUGGUUCCACCCCGCCACCUCGAGUCUCCGCCUGCGCCUUAUUGUUUGUAAACUAAGUAGUUGCACAACCAGCCUAAUCUCACCUCUCUUGAAUCUCCUUGUUCUUCAACUAUGCUCUUGCUUGACGGUGCACCCAUUAUGUCCGCGAAUCAUGCCUGACUAUUUCUUCCAUAUCGCGGUCGAAUUGUUUACAGAGUUCCCACCUGCCAGUACAGACCCGGACAACGCAUCGGCCCCAAACCUUUCACAAUUCUUCCACGCCCUCAAACCUUUCCCUCUCUCUGCUACCGGAAGGCAUUCGCAGAAACAGUGGCUGGGACAGAAAAAUCAUCAUCGUGGAGCCUUUGAUCGUGUGCAAUUCUCACCCGAUGGUAUCAAGUCAAAGAUUCAUCUACCACAUUCAGAUUCCAAAGACCACAGGCUAGACACCGUGGUCAUCGAAGGCGCAGACAUGGCGUCUCAAUCGGGAGGAGUGCAGCCGGAUAAUAUCAUAGAAAAGGGCAUUGGCUCGGCCAUAUCUGGACGACAUAUGAAAGGGCGCUACGAACCAAUCCACGACUAUGGAGGCGCAGAAGGUUGGGGAAUCGUUCAUCUUUACAGGGAUUCUGAAGAGACUCCGGGAUUAUAUCAGGACUCGAUAUACCGAUCUAGCGAUCUUUGGAGCGACAGUACGCGGAGUCGUUCCCUGGACAAGGUCAAACCAUCUCCGAAAGAUGAAGAGUGUACGACAUUAUGUAUCCUUGCUGUACCCUCUUACAUGACACCGUCCGAUUUGCUCUCCUUUGUUGGUGAGGAGACAAGGAGUGAAGUCAGUCAUUUCAGGAUGGUCCGCACUUCACGCGCCAAUCGUUACAUGGUCCUGAUGAAAUUUAAAUCAGGCAAGAAAGCACGAGAAUGGCAACGUGAGUGGAACGGCAAAAUCUUCAACACCAUGGAACCUGAAACUUGCCAUGUGGUUUUUCUGAAAUCAGUUGAGCUCAUCCACACCUCUGCGGUCCAACAGCAAAGCAGUGGCCUCAGCUCCCCCACUACCAGCUAUCCACGCAUGUCUAAUGAUCCCUUUAUCCCUCCUUCAGCGUCCGCGAAACCAUUAGCUCCAAGAACGCCGUCACUCGUCGAACUUCCCACUUGUCCGGUCUGUCUGGAACGCAUGGAUGAGACCACUGGUCUUUUGACAAUCCCUUGUCAGCACGUCUUUCAUUGUACGUGCUUGGAAAAAUGGUCCGGCGGUGGAUGUCCAGUAUGUAGAUACACGCACGAUGAUUUCUCGUCGCGGAUAUCCUCAUACAAACAUAAGAGCAAGAUCCCUGGCGAGUACGAAGUGGAAGACAACCCACGGGAGUGCGAAGUCUGUCACGUCGACACCAGUCUGUGGCAGUGCUUGAUCUGCGCCAAAGUGGGUUGUGGGCGGUACGAAGGAAAACAUGCAUACCUCCAUUUCGAAGAGACGGGACAUGCUUUCAGUAUCGAUCUUGAAUCCAAACGCGUUUGGGAUUACGUUGGUGAUGGCUAUGUCCAUCGAAUCAUCCAAGACGCUGCCAAUCCACAUGAAAAACUAGUCGAAUUGCCUGGAAGAAGACGCGAACCUACGGCGCUCGAGGGGCAGGAGGAUAUCGACAUGGCCAAAAUGGACAAUAUGGCACUGGAGUACACGCAUCUACUGACCAGCCAGUUAGAAAGCCAGCGGGUCUAUUUCGAAGAGGUGGUGGAGAGAGCCGUGGACAAAGCCGCCGAAGCCAGCAAGAAGGCAGAACGAGCCAUGGAAGAAGGCAAAGCAGCUACCCAGAAACUCCACAACCUCGAAAUGCAGCAUGACCUGGUUGCCAAGGGACGGGUUCCUGAACUUGAGAAGGAGCUUGCCCGACUCGAGAAACGGAGUCUCAAAUUUGAGGAAAUGUCUCGUACAAUGACGACCAAAUAUCAAGAGGAAAAGACAUUGAGCACCAGUCUGAUGCAGCGGGUCAAGUUUCUGGAAGGUAAUCAGCUUCAGGGGUUGAAAGACACGAUUCGACGUCUGGAGGAAGAGAACGCAACCAAGGAUUUACUGAUGGAAGGUCUACAAGAGGAACAUCGAGAUGCCAUGAUGCAAAUUUCAGCACAGCGGAAACUGCAAGAAAUGGUGGACAAUGGCGAAUUGGAGCAGGAAGACCUGGAUGGUGCCAUUAUCGAAGCUGGACCAGCGAGAAAAUUGCCAGUGAGAAAGACCAAAAAGGGUCAACAGGCCAGUCACGGUCCGACACAAGUUGCCGCCCCAUCUACUCACCAAGGACAGAAUGCUACCGGGUCGUUACUGGACCAUCUCUGGCGCGAUACAUUCAGUCAAAGCCAGCGCAGCAAAGAAUGGGAUGAGGACAAGGCAAAAGCGAUGUUUGAGGAACUAAAGACCAAGCUGAUCGAUCAGGGCAUGCUGUCUACAUCUCAUCACGACGGUGCUACUGCACAAGUGGAUGGGAGUGAAGUUGACACGGAUGAAGUCGAGAGAUCCAAUGACGGCGAGACCAAGGGCAAAGUGGCUAGUAAGAAGCGCAAAGGCAAGAACAAGAAGAAAACUUGAUGCUGGAGGAUCUGAUGCCGCGCGGGGAGAGAGAGAGAGAGAGAGAGAGAGAGA